CGCCGCCGUCGCCUUUGACGUGGGGGAUGUCCUCCGGCGAGGCCGUAGGGGACUCCAGUGGCGAGGAGAGGUGGCGGUUCCAGGCGGAGAUACUUCGAGCGGAGUGUAACUUCUUGAGAAUGGAGCGGGAGGUGGCGCUUCGGAAGUUGGAGAGGAACCGGGCCCGAUUGGAGGUCGCGUUGAAAUCCGCCAUGGAAACCUUAGUCUCGGGGAGGAAGAAGAUUGAUGGGCGCGCGGCAGUGGGCGCAGCAUUGGACGAGGGGAUCGAAGAGUUGGAGGAGAAGCUGCAGGAGCUCAAGUUGGCAGGAAGUAGCAGCCGGAGAAGGAGAACGGGAGGAUCGAGAAAGCCGCCGCGAGGGAGUUGCAGAAGAAACUUCGACCGGCAAGCGUCAGUGCUUCGGCGGCAACUAGAGAAGCUGGAGGAGGAAAGCAGCGUGAAGGACAUACGAGAGAUCUCCGUGCAAGCCUUUGCAAAGAAAGACGCAGAAGCAGAACCACAUGAACAGGAGGAGGAUGCUACUCCCGGUUCGAGUCACAGUCGGCGGUCUCCCGACGAAGUGGAGAUACUGAGAAGGAAGAUGGAGGGGAUGUCCAGGGGGAUGUUGGAGAGGAUGGAGGAGUGCAGCCACUUGCUCUCUGCCAACGUUAGUAGCAGCAGCAGCAGGAAGAGCGAGUGGAAUUGCUUCAGCCAAAACAUAACUGGGUACACUGAAGCAGCAGACAAGACAGACAACCCCUUCCUUCAAGUCCAGCAGCAGCAAGUGGAGGAGAAGAUGGAGCGGUUGUCGAGCUGCUGCAGUUGCAAGGAGGUGGUCGGCAGAAUCGUGCAGCAGGUGAGGGCAGAGUCUGAACAGUGGAGCGAGAUGCAGGAGAUGUUGGAGCAAGUUAGGGUAGAAAUGGAAGAGCUCCGGUCCUCCAGAGACCACUGGCAGCGACGAGCCAUUGCCUCCGAGAUCAACUUCCACUCCCAGCACGCGCGAAAGCUGGAGCGGAAGCAAAGGGCACGAUCUUGCGAGCGCAAGGUAAUCGAGCUGCACAAGGUAGUGAAGGAGCUGCAGAGAGAGCUCCAGCCAUCGAAGACCAGACUCCUCAAUGCACCCCCUUCCACCCCUCUGCGGUCGCAGUUACAUGAUGCAUACAAGGAGAAGGAGAAGCACGUUCUGGUGUGUCAUCUGAAGUCACAGAACGAUUCAAGCAGACGCUCGCCGUUGCAGGUCAUCGAUAACAUGUCUCCCCUUCUCAGACCAACAAGUAGAGUAAUGUAGGCACAGUGGGAAAUGCUUUGCUUUGGUCACAGUCUUAUCAGCUAGAGUUUGAUUACCUGAGAAUGGAAGAAGCCCUUGACAACAAGAUCAUGAAUCCAGUGAAGUCUGCAGCAUGAUGGCAAAUACAUCAGAACCAUAUCAGGCACUCAACAUGGAUUGGUUACCCGUGAAGGAAGAAGAUAUAAGAGUUCUUUCCGAAGCAUGUCACUUGGAUUGCAGAAGAUUUAUAUUGUUACAUAUGUCAUCUCUACCAUCAGUGAUGCUGCAGAUAUUUGCUUAAACUUUUGCUGCACUGAUUCAAUAAGACAGAUAGCUAACUGAGUUCGUUUGAUGUGUAUCACA